AUGACUUUACUUAAUACAUUAAUUGACGGUGCGACGUAUAUUCUUUAUGGCUUCAUUUCUGUAAUCGUCCUUUAUGUGAGCUAUCAGGUGCUCCUGAAUCCCCUGAGGGCUUAUCCAGGACCGCUCAUAGCUAAACUCACUAAUGGCUACGCUGGGUUCUUUGCAUAUAAACGAGAACUUCACAUAGAAAUAUGGAGAAACCACCAGAAAUACGGUCCUGUUGUCCGGAUAGGACCAGAUAGGCUUGUCUUCAGUUCUGCCACGGCUCUACGAGACAUAUAUCAGAAUGAAAGAGUUACGAAGGCUCCUACCUACCUAGUUACACAGUCUAAGCCUGGCGCGUUUAGUAUUUGGAACGCAUUAGAUAGAGAUUUGCACCGGCGUAAGCGAAAGCUCGUCGGGCGAACUACUACGGAUACCUCCAUGCGAGACUUUGAACCCUCUAUGGUAGAGCAGGUUGACAUAUUCAUCGAGCAGUUGGCAAACGACAAGCAGCAGCCCACUGACGUGAAAACCCGAUGUAGCUACUUGAGCUUCGACAUCGUCGGGCUCCUCUCAUUUGGGUACAGCUUGCACAUGCAGACUGAUGAGGAGAACCAACCUCUCAUCGAACGGCUUACGCGAACCAACCAUCGUAUGAAUGUGUUCAUGCAGAUCCCCAUGAUCCCGCGUUAUAAGCUACAUCUCUAUAUCAACUACUUCUUCCGCCAAGAACGAGAGAAGACGGCGCGCCUGAUAGAAAAAAUGAUCCGUAGCCGUAUGGCUGAGGAUGUCCACGCGAAGCGCGAUCUGUACUCGUACGUUGCGGACGCGAUCAAUGCUAAAGGUGACGACAGUCUUCGGUUUAGCGACCUUUGGUAUGAAGCUUUCUUCUUCAUAAUAGCAGGAGGCGAUACGAGCGCCACGGCGCUUAGUGCAACGUUUUUCUACCUGUCGCGGAACCCCAGGUGCUACGAGAAGCUUGCCACGGAAAUACGGACGACAUUCCGGAGCGGGGAGCAGAUCUGCGGAAGCAAGCUCGCGGGUUGCCAGUACUUGCGGGCGUGCAUCGAUGAAUCUCUCAGGAUGUCUCCGCCGUCGCCCGGUACACUUUGGAGAAACUUGGCACCGGAGGAGGAGGGUGGCAAGCCUUUCAUAGUUGAUGGUUAUGUCAUCCCGAAAGGGACGAAGGUCGGCGUCAAUACUUAUUCGCUACAUCACAAUGAGAAAUACUUUCCGGACCCCUUCAUAUACAACCCAGAGCGUUGGUUGAUGAGGGGUGAUUCGGACGAGUCAGCUACUGCGAGGAAGGCGAUGCACGACGCCUUUGCCGUCUUCUCUACUGGCUCGCGGGGCUGCGCCGGGAAACCUACUGCUUACUUAGAGAUCAGCUUAACCCUUGCUAAGACUAUAUGGUACUUCGACUUCGAGACUGCACCUGGUACUCUCGGCGACGUCGGGAUAGGUCAAAAAGGAGAGUUCCGUUUAUACGAUAUCUUCACGUCGACCCACGAUGGUCCAUACUUGGUCUUCAAGCCCCGCGAGACGUUCGCGAAAGACUUCGGCAGUACUAUGUAG